AUGAAACCUCUAUGUAUGUAGUGAGGACAGGAUAGCAAGGCUGUUGCUGGCGCCGCUCUUGCUUCUUAUCAUUCGUGUAGCGGCUGACUGCGCGCGGCGUCGCAUCGAUUUUUCCACCAAACAAACCAUUCCCAGCCAUCAGUUGUAUUGUAAACACGUUUCAUAAACAAGUGACGCUCACAGACGUGCUCAUACCAUUUAAAACAUUAUUGUGAAAUGUGAAAGUUUUCAAGGAAAAAUAAUGCGCCACUCCCCGUGGGCAGAAAACUACAAUGGCCGCCCAAAAUAAAGCUGAAGGAGGGUCGGAGGAGAUGCCGGCGGCCACGGCGACUGACCCCAGCGCCGAGCAGAAGGAGCGGCUGAUCGCUGCCGUCAAGAAGGAGGUCAAGCAGUUGAUGGAAGAGGCCGUAACACGUAAAUUCGUGCAUGAAGAGAGUGGAGGUGUGACAGCGCUGUGCGGUGCCGUCGAGGCGUGCCUCGGCCAGGGUCUGAGGCGGCGAGCUCUCGGUCUAUUCAAGACUAGUUCUACUACUGCUUUACUGCAUAAAAUUGCUAAGCAUUGCCCUGAAGCGGCACUGGUGUCAGCGAGGGUACUGGCCGCGGAAGGCGCUCCAGCCACACGCUCAGCAUCGGGGGUGGAGCGCCGCCCCUCGGCGCCGAGGCCUCCACUCUGCAAGAGGGGAUCUGGAUCACUGCUGUCUGGGUCUCCACCUACAUCCAGAUACCUCUGGAUCCGCAUAGCUCUAUUCGAGCGUCAGCUAGCUAAGAUCAUCGAGCACCUCGUGAACAACGCGAACCGCUACUACGAGCGUGACGCGCUGGUGGCUGACCCUGACUACGGGAGCAUCCUGAGCUCCUUGCUGGUCGGACCCUGUGCCCUGGAGUACUCCAAGGCUAAACCACCAGCUUGCUUCUGGACCGAUCCUCCUGCUGACGAACUUGUACAAAGACACAGAAUGUCUGCGGGUACCACAACACCGCCGUCAGUUCGGAGGCCGAUCCUCAACUUCAAGCGAAGUUUGAAUGCUUCAUCCGAUGAUGGAGGCACUGCUAAUACAGGUACAGGCAAAGCGGUGGGAUCGAGUGCCAAAGACUACGUUGAAAGCUUACACCAGAACUCCACAGCCACGCUUUUGUACGGAAAAAAUAACGUCAGAGUCCAGCCGAAGGAUGUGGAAGAGCCGAUGCCAGGGUAUCUGAGCCUUCACCAGACUGCUGCUGGGCUGAUUAUUAAAUGGACCCCCAACCAACUGAUGAAUGGCUACGCAGAAAGCGAAGGAAUUGACAAAAGUGUUCGCUGUCACCUAGUGCAUGCCUCCGCGUGCCAACACACGUGUGUUCUGUGCAGUGUCGCGCCGUGCACUGUGUUCAGGCGCCGCUGUGCCGGCCCGCUGUGCAUCGAUUGCGUGUACUGGGCGAUGUCCCUGCAAGUAUGUGUGUGGGAAGUGGUGUAUGUGCACGUACAUCGGUCGCAGGCCAGUGAUGCACUCAUAUUGGUCGGCCAAGAUGGCGUGCAGAGACCGCCCAUACAUUUUCCUAAAGGAGGACAUUUGCUGUCAUUUCUGAGUAAUUUGGAAACCGGACUCUUACCACAUGGUCAACUAGACCCACCGCUUUGGUCCCAAAGAGGCACUGGAAAGGUAUUCGGCCGUGGUAGAGCGAGGCGGCGGCCAUUGCCGAGUCUGUGUGAGAGUGGAGAGACAGAGGAGCCCGAGUGGGAGGAGGCUGCGGGAGACUACGUGUUCCGGAUUGUCAAUAACGCUAUAGCUGAUAGAGAAGCAAUGCGUCACUCCCUACUAGAGCGAGCAGUACAAUCACCGCCGCGCACUCCGCGUCGCCCGCUCGCCUCUACAUCGACCACGUCAUCAGAUUCCUCCACCAUGUCAGUCGACUGUCCCCCAUCAGCCGGCUUCAACGGCCACCCGCCGCUGACACCGAUACCGCACCAACCAGUAGAACAGGCUGCUUCAAUCGAGUUAGUAUGCAGUACGAUGCGUCGUCAGAUAAUAUCUCGAGCGUUUUACGGCUGGCUUGCAUACUGUCGUCACUUGUCAACCGUGAGGACACAUCUCAGCGGACUGGUUCAUCCUAAUAUUAUUCCUAGAGAAAAUGCAGACGGAGGUCUGACAGAAGAACGAUGGCUCGCAAUGACAGAUGAAAAUGGAGCGAUUCACGACAAAGAUGAGGUGUACCGACUUGUGUACUACGGAGGAGUACAACAUGAUAUAAGGCGACAUGUGUGGCCUUAUCUAUUGGGUUACUAUGAAUUCGGUUCAACAGCAGCCGAGCGUUUAGAACAAGACGCGGCGUGCCGGCGUCAGUACGAGACCACCAUGUCCGAGUGGCUCUGUGUAGAGGCUAUUGUGAGGCAGCGUGACAGGGAGGCCACUGCGGCUUCUAUAGCGAGGCUCACUGAAGCCUCGGGCAAGCUGAAGCCGACGGAUAAUAAUGAUACUAGUGAGGUAUUCGAAGACGACUGCAGUGUAAUCUCGGACAACCCACCAAUUGUUUCACCAGAGCCGAGCGAGAACGAACAAAAACGACCGGACAAGCCGAUCCUCUCGCGAGCUCCCAGCAUAGACGAGGUCGACAACAUCGAAAUGGACUCUGAAAGAGAAAAGGAAACCAAACAGAAUGGAGAGACUGAGAACAGUGAUACUAGGGACGUAGAUGUAGACAGUCUGAAAGACUUAGAUGACGACGUGCAUUUGAAGAGCGUGGUUGAAAACCCUGAUAUGCGAAGGGAAAGUAUAGCAGAAAUCAAAAGGCUUGCUGAGGAAAUUGUUCAGAAAGGAGAAGGUCGUGGUCUUCUCUGCAGUGUGGAUAGUGCUCAUGUGAAUGGAAGUGACUUCAGGUCUUCGCUUGAAGAGAAUCAGCCGAGUCCUCAUCAGCAGCAUACGAGUGUUAUUAUAACUAAUCCGUCUGUUGAUCUGGUGGCUGGAGGGUCUCCGGUUUCUGGAGGGACAACUGCGACAGUGAGUCCAGCCCGCAGUCCUCUAGGCGUGGUGCGCGAGGAGUCACAGUCGGCGGGCGCCUCCUUCGACACGCUGGAGCCAGCCGACAGGAACGCCGGGGAUACGCGGUCUAAUUGCGUGUCUCCUGCUAGUUCUAAUGGAGGGGUUUAUUCUAAUGAAUUAGUGGAAUCGUUUGCACUAAAUUUGCAUCGCAUUGAGAAGGAUGUUCAGAGGUGUGACAGAAACUAUCCCUUCUUCACGGAUGAAAAUCUCGAUAAAUUGAGAAAUAUUAUGUGCACCUACGUAUGGGAGCACCUGGAGACGGGCUACAUGCAGGGCAUGUGCGACCUGGCGGCGCCGCUGCUGGUGACGAUGCGCGAGGAGGCGGGCGCGCACGCGCUGUUCGCGGCGCUCAUGUCGCGCGCCACCGACAACUUCCCCUCCGGACAGGCCAUGGACGCGCACUUCGCUGACAUGAGGUCACUGAUCCAGAUCCUGGACUGCGAGCUGUACGAGCUGAUGCACGCGCACGGCGACUACACGCACUUCUACUUCUGCUACCGCUGGUUCCUGUUGGACUUCAAGAGAGAGCUGCUUUAUCAGGAUGUCUUUGCCGCUUGGGAACUGAUCUGGGCAGCGCGUCACGUGGCGUCCGAGCACAUGGUGCUGUUCAUAGCGCUGGCGCUACUCGAGACAUACCGUGACGUCAUACUGGCCAACACCAUGGACUUUACUGAUAUCAUCAAGUUUUUCAAUGAAAUGGCAGAAAGACACGAUGCAUCUGCAGUGCUAUCGCUGGCGAGGGAUCUUGUCUUACAAGUUCAGACUCUAAUAGAGAACAAAUAAGUAUCACUUUUCAUUUUAUCUGUAGAGUAAAAUCAUGAUGACUGUCCGCUGGUAGAAUGCACUGGAUUGCAAUAUAUAAAAAAAUAAAUAAAUAAAUAAAUAUA